GAUCGUGUUUCAUUGGAAAUUGUUAACUGGCGGAGAGUCUUCUCUUCUGUGUUGAUCAACAAUAAGAACACGACAACGUUAUCAUCGUAUUAUUGGUCUCAAGAGAUUAAAACAUGUCUAAGGAGAAUGUGUUUGUUGGCGCAAUUGACCAAGGAACCAGCAGCAGCAGGUUCAUAAUCUACGAUGCCUCGUCUCGCCCCAUUGGAUCUCACCAAGUUGAGUUCACUCAGUUGUACCCACAAGCAGGAUGGGUGGAGCAUAAUCCUAUGGAGAUCUUAGAGAGUGUGAAGGUUUGUGUUGCCAAGGCUGUGGAUAAGGCUACCGCUGAUGGGUUCAACGUUGAUAAGGGGUUGAAGGCCAUUGGUCUAACCAAUCAGAGGGAAACCACUCUUGUUUGGAGCAAAUCCACUGGUGCUCCUCUUUACAACGCCAUUGUUUGGAUGGAUGUUCGCACUUCUUCUAUUUGCAGGAGACUGGAAAAGGAGUUAUCGGGUGGUAAAAGCCAUUUUGUGGAGAGUUGUGGUUUGCCAAUCAGCACGUAUUUCAGUGCUCUGAAACUGCUGUGGCUGAUGGAAAAUGUGGAUGCUGUGAAGGAGGCUAUAAAGAAAAAGGAUGCACUGUUUGGAACUAUAGACACUUGGUUGAUAUGGAAUUUAACUGGUGGGGUGAAGGGAGGAUUGCAUGUCACUGAUAUCUCAAAUGCAUCUCGGACGAUGCUGAUGAAUCUAAAAACCCUUGACUGGGAUGCAUCUACCUUAAAAACCCUUAACAUUCCUUCUGAAAUUUUGCCUAAAAUUGUUAGUAAUUCUGAAGUUAUUGGAAAUAUUGGUUCUGGAUGGCCAAUUGCUGGUCUUCCUAUUGCUGGAUGUUUAGGAGAUCAGCAUGCAGCAAUGUUAGGACAAGCAUGCCGUAAAGGAGAGGCUAAAACCACUUAUGGAACUGGUGCUUUCAUACUGCUAAAUACUGGUGAAGGGAUAAUUCAAUCAACACAUGGUCUUCUAUCCACUAUAGCCUUCAAGCUUGGUCCAAAAGCUCCAACCAAUUAUGCAUUGGAAGGUUCAGUUGCUAUUGCUGGAGCUGCAGUGCAGUGGCUUAGAGACAGUCUUGAGAUCAUUUCUAGUGCUCCAGAGAUAGAGGCUUUGGCAUUGCAGGUUGAAUCCACAGGUGGAGUUUACUUUGUUCCUGCUUUUAAUGGACUGUUUGCACCAUGGUGGCGUGAUGAUGCUCGUGGAGUUUGUAUUGGAAUAACUAGGUUUACAAGCAAGGCUCACAUUGCUCGAGCUGUGCUUGAGAGCAUGUGUUUCCAAGUGAAAGAUGUCUUAGAUUCAAUGCACAAAGAUUCAGGAGAAAGUGAAGCCAAGAAGAAGGAAUUUUUGCUUAGAGUGGAUGGUGGAGCAACUGCAAACAACCUGUUGAUGCAGAUUCAGGCAGAUUUGUUGGGAAGUUCAGUAGUUAGACCUGCUGACAUAGAGACAACAGCACUUGGAGCUGCCUAUGCUGCUGGAUUAGCUAUUGGGAUUUGGAAAGAAGAUUAUAUUUUCAAUUCUGGGGAGAAGCUGAAGAAUGCUCAUGUUUUUCGUCCCAUAAUGGCCGAGGAUGUCAGAAAAAAGAAAGUGGAGUCUUGGUGCAAAGCAGUUAGUAGAACUUUUGACUUAGCUGAUCUUACGCUUUGAAGGUCUUUUGCAGUUCUUUUUUUUCUUUCAUGAACUCAAUUUCUGGGUAUACCUUUUUAUUUUUAGCCUUAGUCACUAAAAUGAAGGGAAUAAUUAUGUUAUUUAUCAAAUAAAUUUGACAUUUUGUUUCCAUUUUUUCCUUGUAUUUUGAAGACCAAUAGCAUUGCAUAAAAAAAAAAAAAGAAAUACAUGACUGGGAGUUUCUUAAUCUUUUCGG